AUGUUUUCGGCGAAUCCCCCAUCUGCUGCAACACUGCAAGUAGCAGUCUCCUUGGUAUCCUCCGAGCAUGGUCUCUCCAUCCACAAGAUUCAGGCUCUGGUACUGCUCGCGAUCGUUCUUAUGGGCGUGGGCCAAAUGAAGCAAGCCGAUGAUUGCGUUCAAAAAGCUGCUGAACUGGCGCACAGCUCGGAUUUGCGAUGUAUGGAUGUCAACAUCUCUCCAUCGAACAGUCAUGAUAUCAGGGAUGAGAGUUUCCGUCGGUCGUGGUGGGAACUAUACACAAUCGACGCCCUGCUCGCACUACUCCGACAUCGAGCACCAGCUUGCACACCGACGGUAUCACACCCGACUCCAUUUCUACCGCGUUCCGAAGGCCUCUUCGAUUCGGAUUCACUCUGCCGUGCCGACCUCGUUGCCUAUGCGGCAUUGGAACUCCAGAUGUUUGUCCGACCAGCGCUAGACAUCUCAUCUUACGCCCAUCGCGUGGAGGCCGCUGACAUCGUCCGUCAGGUCUGUUUGCUCUUCAUCGGAUACGAGCAUGACAUAGACGCAAUGGAAGCAGCCAACGAUGUUAUCGCCGCCUGGAACUUCAGGAUGUCGGCAGCAUCUUUCGCAUCCACGACUCUACCAGGAACUGUGGACAGCUUGCUACUCCAAGCCCACUUACUAGUCCAGACUGCAGCUCUCUUCUUGUACUUCCCACGCAGCGAUCUCUCCGUUUCUUCACCAGCUCCCGUGGAUCUCACAUGUAUCGGAAAGCGCWCCCAAUCGUUGGAGACUUCUGGACAACAUACUAUUCGUGUAAUUGCCGCUUCGAAGAUUUUAGGCCGGAUUGCAACAUUGCCUUGGCUUCAGACGAGCAAUAGCCCCCUAAUGAUAUUUGGAAUGGUCUUGGGAUCUGCUGUACAGAUCUCCGCAGCUUCCAACAGCCAAGCAAGUGACAACCAACCCGGUUUGCAGACGAUUCGACGGAAAGCUGUGUUGAUGCUUAGCGCACUAGAAGCGAUUGGCGAUACCUGGCCGCUGUCCCUUGAGGUGUUCAACCUCUUCCGACCAAUUGCCAAAUCGAUUUUUGAAGUCGCAUUACAGCCUGUGCCUUCCCAUAUAGGUCUAUCGACUUCUGAUAGUGGCGUGGUCGUGGAUGAGGUGCCACCUGAAGGCAACCAGAUGGGCUCUUCCGACGCAGCUUUCCACAACGUUGAUUGGGUAGACUUCUUUGCGUCCUUCAACGAUGCGGACUCUUUGCUCCCUUAG